AUGAUUUCUUUUCUCGGUCGUGCUGAAUCGCUGGAGGGAGGAUUCUCUUUCUGUUCAUUUCUUUCUUUCUUUCUGUCUAUCUAUCUAUCUAUCUAUCUAUCUAUCUAUCUAUCUGUUUGCCCGCCUCACCACCGCUCCUCCGAACCUCAUCCCGACCUGCGUAGUGUGGCGAAAAAUGGUAUCGGUAAGACGAAAGCCAAAACCAAUGCUGUCAUCCACCUCUGUUUUCUCCUUCUUCUCCGUCUCUCUUUCCAGUAUCUUGAUCCACCUCUUUACUCCUCCCUUUUCUCCUUAUUUGAUGUCUUAGUGGAAAAAGAAGAAUGGAGACUCCCCGUCAUCUGUGGAGCUGGUAACCCGUCCGUCCGUAUUUACAAAUCAGUCACUUACUCGUCUCCGUCAACAAAUGACCUCACUCUGGGGAAAAACGUUAUUUUCUCAGUUUUCUUAAAGCCGACUUGA